AUGAAUUUAUUGAGAUAUCCUCAUGUUUAUGGUACCCAGGAUGAUUCAUGUAGUUGGAAUAAAUGUAAUAGUUGGAGUGAACAAAAGGAUGUAUUGAAUGUUCAUUUAAUCUGUCAUACACAUGAUGAUCCAGGAUGGAUUAAAACUAUUGAUCAAUACUAUUAUGGAUCUCAAAAAGAAAAGACAGCAACCGGUGUGCAAUAUAUUCUCAAUACUGUAAUGGACGAGUUGGAAAAGGAUGAAAGCAAACGUUUUGCGUGGUGUGAAACGUCAUUUCUAUGGCGUUGGCUCGUUGAUUAUAAACAAAGGAAUCGAUUGCAAAAACUUGUCCAACAAGGGCAAAUCGAAUUUAUUGGUGGUGGUUGGGUUCAAAACGAUGAAGCCGCAGCUUAUUAUGUUGAUAUUAUUGAUCAAAUGACACUUGGUUUGAGAACUUUAAAUAAAUAUUUUGGUGAUUGUGGUGUGCCAUAUGUUGCAUGGCAAAUUGAUCCGUUUGGUCAUAGUCGAGAAAUGGCUAAUUUAUUGGCUUUGGCUAAAACGAACAUCUUAACGGGUGCAUUUUAUUGGGACAGCUAUGGUCCGCCACCGGGAUUUUGUUUUGAUCGUGAAUGUCUGGAUGAACCCAUUAUGGAUCAGGAUUAUUUGGAAGAAUACAAUGCUAUCCAACGUGUGAACAAAUUUGUCGAAUAUAUUAACAGACAGGUUUCACAUCAACGAACCAAUCAUCUAAUGCUUCUAAUGGGAGGCGAUUUUCAAUAUACAGCAGCAAAUCAAUGGUAUAUCAAUCUCGAUAAACUUAUUUCACUUAUUCGAAAAAACAAAACGUUAAGUGAGAAAAUUAAUAUCUUUUACUCAACACCUUCCUGCUAUCUGAUGGCACUAAAAGAAGCGCGUCCAAAAUUGCCACGGAAAUUGGAUGAUUUUUUUCCCUAUGCAUCCGCUAAUCAUAGCUAUUGGACUGGUUUCUUCACUAGUAGACCCACAUUUAAAGGCUUCAUUCGACAAAGUAGUGCGUUGUUACAGCUCGUUAAGCAACUUCAAUCAUUUAUAAUGCAAAUAGCAAACAACAACAUAUUGCAGAAUGCUGUAGCACUUGCGCAACAUCAUGAUGCUGUUACUGGUACAGCACGAGAAAACGUCACAAAAGAUUAUAAACUUCGACUUUCUCGAGGUUGGAACGAAGCUGAAAUCAAUAAAGUAUUCUACAAUAGUGCACAGAUCAAGAAAUCAUUAAGUGCUCCAUAUGAAUUACUUAUUCCGACAACUGUACCUGCGCUUGGCUUCACAACGUUCUUUUUGUCUAAUCAAACGGUCAUAAGAAUGGUUGAAUAUGCGAAGCAUCGUUCAGUACAAAAAGCAAUCAAAAAAGAGCAUGCAAAAGCUGCCAAUACAAACGUAUACAUUGAACUUACGUUUGAUAGCACCGGACAGUUGAUGUCGCUGAGGAACCGGAAAGCCGGGAAGACCAUUGCAUUCAGGCAGGAAUUCCUUAUGUAUAAAGGAAUGGGUUUCUCAAAUUACAUGAAUCAAUCGUCCGGAGCUUAUAUUUUUCGACCAAAUGGUACUCAAGCGGAGAAAAUAUCAAAUGUUACAAGUGUGCAGUAUAUUGAGGGUUCACUGAUAAAUGAGACAAGACAGAUUAUUGCUCCAUGGAUCAGUCAAGUGAUUCGUUUAUAUCGUGGCAAGAAUUUGAUUGAAUUUGAAUGGACAAUUGGACCAAUACCAAAAGAGCUCAAAAAUCCAAUAACAAAGGAAAUAAUUACACGAUAUACAACAGACAUAAAUUCGACUGGUAUAUUUUACACCGAUUCAAAUGGAAGGCAAAUGAUGAAAAGAACCACAAACUGUUAUCCAUCAUUUUCGUAUACCAAUACGGAACCGAUAGCAGGAAACUAUUAUCCUGUUAACAGUCGUAUUUAUAUUCGAGAUUCGAUAAACCAAUUAACCGUACUUACGGAUCGUUCUCACGGCGGUACCAGCCUGAACGAUGGACAAAUUGAAUUAAUGCUCCAUCGUAGAUCAUUUUAUGAUGACAAUUUCGGUGUCGGUGAAGCACUGGAUGAGUUAGGUGAUACUGGACAAGGACUGGUUGUUCGAGGACGACACUGGAUCAUAAUGGAAAGUCCCGAAGAUUCGGCAAAACUUCACAGACCACUUGCUUUUGAACUUUAUAAUUCGCCAUUAAUUACAUUUGCGAAGCGCAAAAUGGCACCGUCAGAUUAUGGUCAAAAAUUUAUUACUGAGUAUUCUGCUCUAAAGCGACCGCUUCCAUUAGCUAUCAAUAUCCUAACCAUGGAAAUGAUAGCUCCAAAACAUAUCAUCAUUCGUCUUGAACAUAUUUUUCAAGGUGAUGACGAUAAAAAUUUAGCGCAACCUAUCGAAAUUAAUUUAAAUGGUUUAUUUACCGCAUUCGAUAUUGUCUCCAUUGAGCAGCUCAAUCUUGCAACGAUGAGAAAAAGAACUUUGAACAGGUCUGCACAAAAUAAUCCAUUUAGACUGGAUCAGAAUUCUCGAAGAAUCUCCCAAAAAGUCAUUGGGAAAAAGAAAUUAAAAGAAAGAAACGAAAUGGAACAUGUUUUCGAGUUGUUCGUCAGCUUACAGCCUAUGGAAAUUCUGACAUUUGAAGCCGAAAUACGCCCUAUCAAAAAAACGUAA